ACAGGACUUUGGCAGAAUGGCAGAAGUGGCGACAGGAUUGCGGCGCCGAGUAGGGCAUGCCGAGGAAGGCGGCAACUUGGACGCGACGACAUCUCAAUUGAGUCCACUCCCUGCAUCCCCAGAUGCCAUCGCGUCCGCCGCUUCGCCACCCACGUCGUCGGCGUCCUUAUGGCAAUGGAUCUUUGGAACCCAGGCGCGCGACUCGCCUGAGGACAUGGCUGCAGCUCUGCACAACAGUCUUCGACAAGAAUACGGCGACCGAUGCCCGGACUUUAUGCACGUACCGUUCCGCGAAGCCACAACAUUGGCCAAGACCGAAGGCAAGUUCCUGCUCAUCUACCUGCACUCGGAAGUGCACCAAGACGCCGCUGCAUUUUGCAAGAACUCGCUGUGCACAGACGACGUUCAAUCGUUUGCCGCCGCCCAUGACAACGUCCUCUUCUGGGCUGGAUCGGUCCUUGCACCAGAAGGCUACAGCGUCUCGUUGUCCCUCGGUGCCGCGUCGUUUCCGUUUCUCUGCAUGGUCCUGUCCACGCCCCGCGGUCUCAACAUAGUCGACAAGGUCCAAGGAAACGUUCCCAAGACUGCGCUCGUGACCCGACUUGGCGUCGCCGUGCAGCGCAACCAGCAGCACCUCGCCGCCGCGCGGGCCCAGGAACUGUUCCGGACAGAAGCUCAAUUGCUGAGGGAGCAACAAGACGAGGAGUACCAGCAGUCGUUGGAGGCAGAUCGACGCAAGGUGGAGGAGGAGGCGCUGCGCCAGGCGCAAGAAGAGGAACAAGCCCGGCAACUGUCCAUCCGGCUGCAGGAAGAAGCGGACGCGGCGCGCCGCGCGGCGGCCGAGCGCGAGUCCGCCAUCAAAGUGAAGCGAAGUCGACUGGCGAAUGGUCCCGUGACGAAGGGCAAAGACACGGCGUUCUUGCGUCUGCAGCUGCACAAUGGAACCAAGCUGGAACGCCUGUUUUGGGCCUCCGAUACGUUUCACACUGUACGAGACUUUGUGGACGUGGCGUUCUUCGAGCGUGAUAUUGCGAUCGUGCGCUACGAAUUGGCGACGAAUUACCCUCGGAAAUGCUGGGGCUGGGACCAAUCCCACGUGACCCUUCAAGAUGCCGGACUGGCCCCGCAAGCGCUGCUGUACGUGCAGGAUUUGGACUCGUAAGUAGUACGAUAAUAGGAGUAAUGCACAGUGUCGUUAAAACGAGGUGCGCUUGCCCGACGACGCACGAA